AUGCACUCCAGCUGUGCACUGAGUGGGCUCGCCCAGACAAGGACGAAAUUGUCUGCCGAGUUUUCGGCCCGCCCGAGUUCACAGAGUCCGUGGAGAGGCUUUGUACAGACCAGCUACAGGCUGUCAUGCGAGAUAAGAAGGUUGAAUACGCUGUGA